AAAGACCAGAGGAGAACAGAAGAGUGAUAAAAACAUAACAAAGUGGGAUUUGGGUUAUUGACUCAGAGAGAGAGAGAGUGAGAGCGUUGUUCUCCGAAGCGAACAUGGGUGAUCUGAUUGAGUUGAGUGAGCGGGUGCGUGUGUAUGUAAUGGGUUAUAGAUCUGCAUGUUUAGUUUUGAUCCUUUUCCUCAUCCUUGGAAUUGGAACUGGAAUUGCUUCGUCUGAGACUCCGAGGCCCAAAAAUGUCCAAGCUUCCCUUGGCGCUAAGUGGUCCGGUACUCCUCUCCUUCUAGAAGCUGGUGAGUUGUUAUCUAAAGAAGACCCUCGCCUUUUCUGGGACUUCAUCGACAUUUGGCUCAAUGCUGCUGCCGACGAUCAAUCUCAUUCCGCAAAAGCUUGCGUCAUCGAAAUUCUACAUCACGCUCGUCCUCUUUUGAGACAACCCUUAGCGUCCUUGUUCGAGUUCUCUCUUAUUCUCAGAUCAGCUUCCCCUGCUCUCGUGCUUUACCGCCAGCUAGCUCACGAUUCUCUUGCGUCUUUCCCUCUCCAAGAUGCUCGUGCUCAUGCUGAAAUCACCAAAUUAGAUCCCUUGCGUCUUGGGAUAAGCCUCAAAAGCCCCGGAGGGAAGUGUUGUUGGGUUCACACUUCCCAAAACUUGUUUUUCGAUGUCUCCCAACUGCUCUCAUGGCUUCAAACUCAAACUCCGGUGGGUGAUUCGUCUCAGAGACCGCAACUGUUUGAUUUUGAUCAUGUUCAUUUUGAUUCGAGUGCUGGAGGUCCAGUUGCUAUACUUUAUGGCGCACUUGGGACCGGUUGCUUUAAAGACUUUCAUGCUGCACUGGCUGAAGCUGCCAAACAGGGAAAAGUUAAUUACGUAUUGAGACCGGUGUUGCCAGCUGGAUGUGAAACAAAUUUUGGCCACUGUGGCUCUGUUGGUGCAAGCGACUCAGUAAACUUGGGUGGUUAUGGUGUGGAACUUGCUUUUAAGAACAUGGAAUAUAAGGCCAUGGAUGACAGUGCAAUUAAAAAAGGUGUGACUUUGGAGGAUCCCCGCACUGAAGAUCUUAGCCAAGAAGUCAGAGGAUUCAUAUUCUCUAAAAUUCUGGAGCGUAAACCCGAGUUAGCAUCUGAGAUCAUGACUUUCAGGGAUUAUCUAUUGUCAUCAACUGUAUCAGAUACACUUGAUGUUUGGGAAUUAAAGGAUCUAGGGCAUCAAACUGUACAGAGAAUAGUCCGUGCCUCUGAUCCUCUACAGUCAAUGCAUGAUAUCAAUCAAAAUUUCCCUAACAUAGUUUCUUCUUUGUCUCGCAUGAAGCUUGAUGAUUCUGUUCAAGAUGAAAUAAUGGCAAACCAGCGGAUGAUCCCACCUGGCAAGUCUUUAAUGGCUAUCAAUGGUGCUUUAGUCAAUGUGGAAGAUAUUGACCUUUACCUGUUGAUUGACUUGGUUCAUCAGGAUCUGUUGUUGGCUGAUCAGUUCUCAAAAUUGAAGAUACCUCAUAGCACUGUGCGAAAAUUGCUGUCAACUUCACCUCCUUCAGAGUCCAGUAUGUUUCGCGUUGAUUUUCGCACUACUCAUGUACAUUAUCUUAACAACUUGGAAGAAGAUGCCAAGUACAAAAGGUGGAGGAGCAAUUUAAACGAGAUCUUGAUGCCGGUCUUCCCUGGUCAGCUACGUCACAUCCGUAAAAAUCUUUUCCAUGCUGUUUUUGUUCUUGACCCAGCAACCAUUUGUGGUCUUGAGUCCAUUGAUACGAUCAUAUCAUUGUAUGAGAAUAAUUUUCCUGUGAGAUUUGGGAUUGUGCUGUAUUCUUCAAAAUCCAUCACGCGGUUAGAGAAUCAUUCUGCCAAAGAGGAUGGAGAUAAAUUUGAGGAGGAUAUAUCCGAUAUGAUUAUACGUCUCUUCAGUUAUAUCAAGGGAAACCACGGCAUUCAAUUGGCUUUUGAGUUUUUGAGCAAUGUUAACAAAUUACGCAUUGAAUCAGAUGAUCAUAUAGAUGAUGCUCAUCUUGAACUGCACCAUGUUGAAGGGGCAUUUGUGGAAACUAUAUUGCCAAAGGUAAAAUCCCCACCUCAAGAGAUACUAUUAAAGCUGCAAAAGGAGCCAGAGUUGAAGGAGUUGUCACAAGAAAGCUCCAUGCUCGUAUUUAAGCUUGGUUUGUCUAAGAUUCAUUGUUCUCUGUUGAUGAACGGACUUGUUAUUGAUCCAACUGAGGAGGCUUUACUAAAUGCCUUGAAUGAUGAGACUCAAAGAAUACAGGAACAAGUAUAUUUUGGACAAAUAAAAUCUCACACUGAUGUAUUAGAUAAGUUCCUGUCAGAAGCUGGCAUUCAACGUUAUAAUCCUCGGAUUAUUUCUGAUAAUAAACCAAGGUUCAUAUCUCUGUCUAAGUUUAUUUUUGGAGAGGCAUCUAUACUGAAUGAUAUUGACUACUUGCAUUCUCCUGGAACAAUGGAUGAUUUGAAGCCUGUGACACAUCUUCUUGCUGUUGACAUCACUUCAGGGAGUGGCUUGCAUUUGCUUCGCCAAGGCUUAAAUUACCUGAGAGAAGGGUCCAAAGAAGCUCGCAUAGGUUUUCUGUUUAGUGCCAAUCAGAGUACAGAUUCAUUUAGCCUCCUUUUUGUGAAGGUUUUUGAAAUCACUUCAUCUUCAUAUAGCCAUAAGAAGAACGUGUUAGACUUCUUGGAACAGUUGUGCUCACUCUAUCAGCAGAAAUACUUGCUUUCAUCAGCUGUGGAAGCUGACAGCAUCCAAGCAUUUAUUGAUAAGGUCUGUGAGCUUGCUGAGGCUAAUGGGUUACCAUCUGAUGGCUAUAGAUCUGCCCUCCCAGAAUUUUCUGCGGAUGAAGUGAGAAGGCAUUUGAGCAAGGUUGAGAACUUUUUUCAUAGGGUACUUGGGUCUGAAUCUAGUGCUAAUGCUGUCUUCACUAAUGGAAGGGUAACCUAUCCUAUUGAUGAAAGCACAUUUUUGAGCCCUGAUCUGCUUCUUCUUGAAUCAAUAGAGUUUAAGCAGAGGACAAAGCACAUUUUGGAAAUUAUUGAAGAAGUAAAAUGGCAGGAUGUUGACCCUGACAUGCUGACAAGCAAAUUCAUUAGUGAUAUUGUCAUGACUGUAUCAUCUUCAAUGGCUACGAGAGAGCGAAGUUCUGAAAGUGCUCGUUUUGAGAUGUUGAAUGAUCAACAUAGUGCUAUUAUUCUACAUAAUGAAAAUUCUAGCAUUCACAUUGAUGCUUGUCUCGAUCCUUUAAGUCCAACCAGUCAGAAGUUGUCUGGAAUUCUUCGAGUUUUGUGGAAAUACAUUCAACCCAGCAUGAGGAUUGUUCUGAAUCCAUUGAGUUCCCUUGCUGAUCUUCCUCUGAAGAACUACUACAGAUAUGUAGUACCAUCAAUGGAUGAUUUUAGCAGUGCUGACUCUUCAAUCAACGGCCCAAAGGCAUUUUUCGCUAACAUGCCAUUGUCUAAGACUCUCACCAUGAAUCUUGAUGUUCCCGAACCUUGGCUUGUUGAGCCUGUUAUUGCUGUUCAUGACCUGGAUAACAUUCUGCUUGAGAACCUUGGUGAUACAAGAACAUUGCAAGCAAUUUUUGAACUUGAAGCUCUUGUCCUAACAGGUCAUUGCUCUGAGAAAGAUCAUGAUCCUCCUCGAGGUCUUCAGUUGAUUCUUGGAACCAAAACUACACCCCAUUUAGUUGAUACCAUUGUGAUGGCUAAUCUUGGAUAUUGGCAAAUGAAAGUCUCUCCCGGGGUUUGGUUCUUGCAGCUUGCUCCUGGUAGAAGUUCUGAGCUCUAUAUUUUAAAGGAAGGCGUUGAUGGGAUUCAGAUUAAACAAUCAUCAAAAUUCAUUAUUAUUAAUGAUUUACGGGGUAAAGUAGUUCAUAUGGAUGUAGUGAAAAGAAAGGGAAAGGAACAUGAGAAAUUGCUGAUUUCUGAUGAUGAUGCUCCACAAGAUAAGAAGAAAGAAAGUAGCUGGAAUUCUAACUUACUGAAAUGGGCUUCUGGUUUCAUUAGUAGUAAUGAACAACCUAAAAAUGCUGAAACCAAUUCACCAGAGAAAGGAAGGGGUGGACGCCAUGGAAAAACGAUUAAUAUCUUUUCAAUUGCUUCUGGACACUUAUAUGAACGCUUUCUAAAGAUUAUGAUUCUAAGUGUUCUAAAGAAUACACACCGUCCAGUUAAAUUCUGGUUCAUAAAGAACUACCUGUCUCCUCCUUUUAAGGAUCUGAUUCCUCACAUGGCUCAAGAAUAUGGUUUUGAAUGCGAACUAAUCACCUACAAAUGGCCUACAUGGUUGCAUAAGCAGAAAGAAAAGCAGCGAAUAAUUUGGGCAUAUAAAAUUUUAUUCCUUGAUGUCAUCUUUCCCCUUUCCUUGGAGAAGGUCAUUUUUGUAGAUGCUGAUCAGAUUGUCAGGACUGACAUGGGAGAACUCUAUGACAUGGACAUAAAAGGAAAACCUCUGGCAUAUACUCCAUUUUGUGACAACAAUAGGGAGAUGGACGGCUAUCGGUUUUGGAGACAAGGUUUCUGGAAGGAUCAUUUGCGGGGAAAACCAUACCAUAUUAGUGCUUUGUAUGUUGUUGACCUGAAGAAGUUCCGAGAGACUGCAUCCGGAGAUAAUCUCAGAGUUUUCUAUGAAACCCUUAGCAAGGAUCCAAAUAGUCUAGCCAACUUGGAUCAGGAUCUUCCUAAUUAUGCUCAGCAUAUUGUUCCCAUUUUCUCUCUGCCACAAGAAUGGCUUUGGUGUGAGUCAUGGUGUGGUAAUGCUACAAAAUCAAAGGCGAAAACAAUUGAUCUGUGCAACAAUCCCAUGACAAAAGAACCCAAACUUCAGGGUGCAAGACGAAUAGUAUCAGAGUGGCCAGACCUUGAUUUGGAGGCAAGUAAAUUCACUGCACGGAUCUUAGGUGAUGAUCUAGAACCUUUGCAAUCCCCUAACCAAUCAAAGGAUUUGACUAGCGAAGGUGCAUUGAAAGAGGACUUGGAAUCCAAGGCAGAGUUGUGAACAUGAUAGACAAAAGUUUUGUGCAAGUCAAAGUUCCUGAAAAAAAAAACUGUUCCUUGAUGCAAUUUGGCACCGCAUAGCAUCAUGAUAUCUUUCUGAUCAUGGACUGCCUGGCUGAUAUAUUUGCAUUCCCACCAAACACAAUUAACAACAGUGGAGUGCAAUGAAGAUUUGCCUUCUCUGUUGGCCAGUUCAAGGAUCAUAAAGAAAAUUUUGAUUAGAUAGAAAUGUUAGUGAAUUUUUAAUCUUGACAUAAACGCAAUUAAAGCCAACAUGGUUGCCUAUCCAUGCUGAUUAAGCCGGUACACCGGCAGGCCGCAACCAAUGCCUCCAACCCCCUGCCCCAUUAAUGCCCUUUGUUUUACGUUCUUAUCAACAAUAAAUAUUUUCUUUACAGUAGGGGAAAACUGGGAUUUAGCAAUGGCCAAUAUAAGACCGCUAUAGACUUGUAGUGUAACAUUAUUCUCUUUAUUUGCUGAUUAUUAAUCUCUCCCUUGCAAUGGGUGGUGCAUUGCAACGACC